AUGGUUGCCCCAUCUCCCAUCACAAAAAAAAAAAAAAAAAAAAAAAAAAAAAAUCAUAUAAAACAUAAAAUUUUUUUAAUUGAUAUAAAUAUCUCAUUCUAGCAAUUAAGUCAAUUCUGGUAUGAUGAUGAAACGGUUAAUACAAUAACUACAGCAGCUCUCAGUAUUACUAACAAUGAUGGGAAAAUAGCUCUUAUUUCAUGUCCAACUUUAUAUCGAGCGUUAAAAAAAGAUGCAGGAAACAGACAGAUUAAAAUUUUUGAAUAUGAUCAAAGGUUUUCUGUUUAUGGAUCAGAUUUUAUUCCAUAUGAUUAUAAUUUUCCACUCCAUGUACCUGAAGAAAUGUCUAGUGGUUUUGACCUCGUGAUUGCGGAUCCACCAUUUUUAUCAGAAGAAUGUCUUACAAAAACUACUGAGACGAUUAAAUUUUUAUCAAAAAAAAAUAUUGUUUUAUGUACAGGUGCACUAAUGGCUGAUACAGCAGGAAGACUUUUAAAUGUUAAAAAAUGUGACUUUCAACCGCAUCAUAAAAAUAAUCUAGCAAAUGAAUUUUCAUGUUUCGCUAAUUUUGAUUUUGAUGCAUCGAUAAAAAAAUAAACAAUUGUUUUUUAUUGAUAUAUUUAUGUAUAAUAAAUAAAAAAAAAAAACUUUCGUUCAAUUU